AUGGAGAUUGCGACUGCUGUUUAUGAAUUUCUGGUUCCAAAAACGAGCUCUCUACUCAAAAUGACUCUCUUGUGGUUAGCAAUCUUUGUCGGGUACAUGGCAGCUGUGCAGGGCAUGAGCCCGGAAGAUGUUAAGAAACACACCAUGGAAUCACUUAGCGUCAUUCCUGUCGGAGAUUUUCAUCACGGCAGAGACUUCUAUAAAUUCUUCUUCACAAAUUAUCCAGAGGUUCGAAAAUUCUACAAAGGUGCCGAAGAGUUUAAAGCUGAUGAUGUACAGAAAAGCGAAAGAUUUGACAAAUUAGGAGACGCCAUACUACUUUUUGUGCAUGUCUUAGCCAACACUUAUGACAACGAGCCAGUGUUUCGGGCCUUCACACGUAGAACUAUGAAAGAACAUUUUGACCGAGGAGUAGACCCUAAAUAUUGGAAGCUGGUUUGGCCGAUAUGGACGGAAUUCAUGGAAAGCAAAGGUGCAAAACUGACGAAAGACCAGAAGGAAGCAUGGGAAAAAUUGGCUCUCUUCUCAAGUUUCUCUCAUAUGGCACAAACCAUAGUCUGGAUAGCUGGACUCCUAGCUUGCUUCUCUGCGGGGCUGUGCAUGAGUCCAGCAGAUGUGAAAACGAAUACGGUGGCUUCACUUAGUGUCGCACCUGUCGGCGAUGGACAUCAUGGCAGAGAUUUCUACAAAUAUUUUCUCACAACUUAUCCAGACAACCGCCGAUUCUAUAAGGGAGCUGAAAACUUUGGCGGUGAUGAUGUGCUGAAAAGCGAGAGAUUCGAUAAACUUGGAGAUGCUAUACUUCUUUUCGUUCAUGUACUGGCUAACACCUAUGACAAUGAACCCGUAUUUCGCGCCUUCACUCGUAGGGUUAUGAUCGAGCACAAGGACAGAGGAGUUGACCCUGCAUUGUGGAAGAUAUUCUUCAACAAAUUUUGGCAAGAAUUCUUAGAAAGCAAAGGAGCUACUCUGACUGAUGACCAGAAAUCAGCAUGGGACACUUUGGGCGUGAUGUUCAACGAAGAAAGCCAGUCAGCAUUGACGAAGAUGGGACUUCCUCAUGCAUAGGCUCUGUUGCCUUUACUGCCUAUAUAUUUCGAAAAUGUCUAUUCUUAUUCCAAUAAAUGGUUGAAUGCAG